UCAGUGAAUAUAAGUACUUGUGUUCAGUGAAUAUAAGUACUUGUGUUGUGUAUUAUUAAAACACACUUAUACGUCAUAUUAUACUUUAUACUCCGUUCAAAGUACUGCAUGACAGAUAUCACCUCCAGCCAAAGUACUGGAUACGUAGUACCAUGCAGUUGCAGUGUGUGACUCACUGAUCUCCUGUGAGUGUCCAGCAGUGGCUCAGUAAGUAGGGGCUUGGACUGGGAACCGUAGGGUCACCGGUUCAAGUCCCCGAACAGACAUGAAAGUGGACUGCUACUGCCUAACCCUAACCCAUGAGCAAGGAGGCAGGGAGAGCCCCCUCUGGUCUCCGGAUGGAUCCCGUUCCUGGGGAAAGCUCUGGAGUUCGGGAGGGACGCUCAGGCCUUCCUGCAGGAUCUCAGGAGGAGACACGGAGACGUCUUCACCGUCCACCUGGCAGGUAAGUACAUGACUUUCAUCAUGGACCCCCUGCUGUACCCCAGUGUUGUGAAGCAGGGCCGGCAGCUGGACUUCCACGAGUUCUCCGACACCGUGGCCCCCAGCACCUUCGGCUACCCCCCCGUGAGGCAGGGGUUCCCGGGACUGAGCGAGCAGAUUGCGCGCUCCUACCAGCUGCUGCAGGGCGAGCACCUGGGCCCGCUGACAGAGAGCAUGAUGGGUAACCUGAUGCUGGUGCUGAGGCAGGACCACCUGGGCGCGGGGGGGGGCUGGAGGAGCGGCAGCAUGUACGAAUUCUGCAACGCCGUUAUGUUCGAGGCCACCUUCCUCACCAUCUACGGCCGGCCGGCGAGCGGGCGGCGCCACCAGGGCAUGGCCGCCAUGAGGGAGGACUUCCAGCGCUUCGACCGCAUGUUCCCGCUGCUCAUCGCCCAGGUGCCCAUCGGCCUGCUGGGAAAAACCCGGGCGGUCCGGAGCAAGCUGAUCGGGCACCUUCUGCCGGACAGGAUGUCGCACUGGGUGGUUAAAUCGGAGUUGAUCAGGACGCGCUCGCAGGUGCUGGAGCAGUACGCCACGCUGAGGGACACCGAUAAAGGAGCCCAUCACUUUACCAUCCUGUGGGCGUCGGUGGGGAACACGGUGCCCGCCUCCUUCUGGGUGCUGUACUUUCUGCUGAGUAACCCGGCGGCACUGGCGGCGGUUCGGGGGGAGAUCCAGGACGUCCUGAGGCAGUCGGGGGGGCAGUUCAGGCCGGAGGAGGACCUGACGCUGAGCCGAGAGCAGCUGGACAACAUGAUCCUCCUGGAGAGCUCCAUCAGCGAGGGGCUGCGCCUGUCCUCCGCCUCCACCAACAUCCGGGUGGCCCAGGAGGACUUCAGUCUGCGGCUGGGCGGGGAGCGCUCGGCGGUGGUGAGGAAGGGAGACGUGAUCGCCCUUUACCCCCAGAGCAUGCACAUGGACCCCGAGAUCUACGAGGACCCCCAGUCGUUCCGCUAUGACCGCUUCAUCCAGGACGGGCGAGUGAAGACGGACUUCUAUAAGAGCGGGCAGAAACUGAAGUACUUCCUGAUGCCGUUCGGCUCCGGAGCCUCCAUGUGUCCCGGCCGCUACUUCGCCGUCAACGAGAUCAAGCAGUUCCUGAGUCUGCUGCUGCUGUACCUAGACCUGCAGCUAGAGCCGGGGCAGAGCCAGGUCUCUCUGGACUACAGCCGGGCCGGGCUGGGCAUCCUGCUGCCUGCCAGCGAUGUACGCUUACGCUACCGGCCGAGCACCGGCCAGCAGAGCGAGGGCGAGUAGAGGCAUCCGGUUUCCAUGGUGUUGGGACCCCUACUAUACAUUUCUAUCAUAAAGCUUUGAGGUCUCAACAUGUCAGGGUUCCCUCUGUGGCUCUAUGAGGAUGUGGAUCAGGACUGCACUGAGAUUCUUCACGAUUGGACUGAGUCUGCUGGGAGGGGGGCUACUAACAGAGUGAAAUCACCGCCUGCUGACCAAUCAGAGCUCACUCUCUACUGACCAAUCAGAGCUCCCUCUCUACUGACCAAUCAGAGCUCCCUCUCUACUGACCAUUCACAGCUCACCACCUACUGACCAAUCAGAGCUGUCUCUCUACUGACCAAUCAGAGCUCCCUCUCGUUUACUCUUCCUGAUGUAUGACGCUGUGCUGUCGGGUUUCUUCUCCAGGUUUGUGAUUGGUCAAACUUUGCUAACCCCGCCCCUCACAUGUUCUGCUACUGCUAAUACGCUUGGCGCUUUACCCCAGCCUGCAUUUCAAAAGGCUGGACAGCAGACCCAGGAUCAGAUCCCUGAGCUCCAUCCUGCUCACUAUCAAUGAAAGUCUUCAUAUGGAGCAUUUAAACAACCUUCACUAAACCCGUUGAGCAGUCUGAAUGAAACAGAAUGAGCAUGCUUUCCGGUCCUGGGGGGGGGGACAUAUGCUGUCUGUUGACAUGAAUGUGAUUAUUCAUAGCUUUCAGUUCCUCACACCAGCUCACAUUUAGAGCAUGUUGGAGGCUGCGGUACGUUCUCUGCAUACCAACAUUAAUAACUCAUUUCUCCUGGACCAAAUCCCUGAUCCGGGUGUGCGUGAGGCUCUUCCCACAGGAAUCCCAGUCAGUGUGAAGAAUAUUUUUGUAUGCAUAACCUGUUAGACCUACACAUGUGUCGUCCCCCCACAUCUCGGUCUCACUGGGAAACUGCCUUUGAGGAGCGUUCAGACAAAAGUUCCCUGUAAAAUAUCGGAGAGUUUGCUCACGUGUUGCGCAAUAUUGGAGUCAUUGUAAUCGCUGCUUGUAGUUCAGUCUGUAAUCAAUCAGCAUAUUCAGUAGAGUCGCAGGACAUGGAAAUACAAGUGUAAAGCCUGACCUAUCAAAUAAUAUUCAGGAGCUUUUAUUGCACCUUUUAAUCAAAAUACAAAAAAUAAAUAUUAAAGAUUGUAUAAAGA